AUGUUGAACGUGUGUGCGGAUCUGGUGCAGUUUGACCAGUACAGUCUCCAGCUGUACAACUACGCGAUGGUGGAGCGCUUUCGCUCGAACCAGUUCUUCAACUACGGUAACUUUGUGGCGGACACCCGGACACUGUCCCGAUUCUUCAAACCCUCGCUGCCCCCCAACCCGGUCGAUGCGGCGGCAGCAGCGGCGGCGGCCGCAGCGGCAGCCGCGGCCGGCAGUGCCCUGCUCGCGGACGCCAGCAAACUUUCCUCCCAGGCCCCGAAGCCCCAGUACAGCUACAUCGGCCUGAUAGCGAUAGCGAUCCUCAGCUCGCCGGAGAAGAAGCUCGUCCUGUCCGACAUCUACCAGCACAUCCUGGACAACUACUCGUACUUCCGGAGCCGCGGUCCGGGCUGGCGGAACUCGAUCCGCCACAACCUGUCGCUGAACGACUGCUUCAUCAAGGCGGGCCGGAGUGCCCACGGCAAGGGCCACUACUGGGCGGUGCAUCCGGCGAAUGUGGAGGACUUCCUCAAGGGGGACUUCCGGCGGCGGAAGGCCCAGCGCAAGGUGCGCCGCCACAUGGGUCUGACGUCCGACGACGACAUCUACGACAACAGCAGCCCGCGCCAGUUCUUUCCCGCGAUCAACUCACCGCCCCACGCACCAUCCCAGCAGGGACCCCCAGCUCAGCCGCCGUCGGGCGCGACCGUACUGCCCCCGCAUCCGGUACUGGCCAACCCGGCGCUCUACCUUGGCCCGGGCUCGACCGCAUCUGCGACGGCCACCUCAGCGGCAGCGGCCGCGGCCGCAGCGGCAGCAGCAGCGGCCGCCGCAGCUGCCGCCGCUAGCUCCAGCACAGCCGCCGCAGCCGCCGCCGCUGUCGGAGGUGGAGGAGGUGGCGGAGGUGCGAUAGGAAGCGUACCACCGCCGCCGGCACCGUCGGCCAGCAAGCUGGCGCUGGUCGGACUCGGUGAUCCGGUCGAUCAUCAUCUGCAUCAUCAGCAUCAAGCCGCCGCCCUCCUGCAUCAUCAUCACCAGCAGCAGCAGCAGCAUCUCCAUCAGCACCAUCAUCAACAUCAACACCAUCACCAUCACCAUCACCACCAUCAUCAAACAACGGCUGCGGCCAUCAUCAUGCGCAACACGAUGGAGAGCUUCUCCCGCAAGCGCCAGUUCGACGUCGAGUCGCUGCUCCGACCGGACGACGGUGCGGACGAACGCGAACCGUACGAGCUCCGGCGGCCACGGCUCUGUUCGCCCGCCAGCUCCAGCCAGAGCCCUUCGCCGUUACCACCGUACACGGCCCAGGCACUGGUACUGUCCGGACCGAAGACGAGCCCGAUCCAAAUGCAGCCGUCCGGCGGUAAAACACCCCAACAGUGA